UCAGCCCUGCCCACGACCCAGACCCACCGAGAGGGCUCAGCUUCUCCAGACACCCUGGGAAGGUCCUGGUCCUGUGGGAAGGCUUAUCUGAGGCUGGGCAUCCAGGCAGGACUAGCGUGGACCCUCAGUGUCCUGAGCACCUGGGGGUCAAGAUGACCAAGACGUGCUCCCCACAGCUCCUGAGGAACUGUCAGGUCAGCAGGCGACCAGGAUGGUCUCGCUGCUCUGGCCUCCAUGCAGACCUGAAGACGACGGGGCUGUGCCUUCUGCUCCCCUGUCUCCUGGCCCAGGUGCAGCUGGGGACUGGCUCCAACCCUGUCCGCCCAACACCAGAGACCCUAGAAGGAAUCUGGACACUGCCAACUCCCACUGGCCAGGACCAGGCCUAUGAGGGGUUGCAGGCUUCCCAGAACCAGACCAAGAGUGGGGUACAGGUUGCUCAGAACCAGACCAACAGUGGGGUACAGACUUCCCAGAACCAGAUCAACAGUGGGGUGCGAGCUACUCCAGACCCAACUGACAACAGGGUGCAGCCUGGCCAGGAGGAGGCAGAUGAAGAGUUCUGGUCGCUGGGCAGCAGGCAGCUCUCUGAGGGAAUCUCCCACCUGAGCUUCAGCCUUUUGCGCAAGAUUUCCAUGAAGCACGAUGACAAUGUGGCCUUCUCCCCACUCGGCCUGGCCUCAGCCCUGGUGGCCCUGGUGCUGGGGAGCAAAGGGCAGACGCGAGCCGAGCUGGAGAUGGGGCUGGGCCUGCGGGAGCUGACCAGGCCUGGGCACCUGCCCGAACUCUUCAGGCAGCUGCGGGUCUCCCUCGCCCUCAACCAGGAGCUUGAGCUGGCCCAGGGGAGCUUUGCCUUCAUCCACCAGGACUUCGACGUCCAGGAGAACUUCCUCCACCUCUCCAGAUACUACCUGGACACCCUGUGCGUGCCAGUGAACUUCCGCAACAUCUCCCAGGCCAGGGCGCUCAUGAAUUAUUACAUUGACAAGGAUACCUGGGGCAAGAUCCCCAAGUUCUUUGAUGAGAUCGACCCUGGCACCAAAUUCAUCCUCGCAGACUACAUCAUGCUCAGAGGGAAGUGGCAGAGCCCCUUCGACCCUGACCUCACCGAAGUGGACACUUUCCACCUGGACAAGUACCGAACCGUGAAGGUGCCCAUGAUGUUCCAGGCGGGCAAGUUCGCCUCCACCUUCGACAAGACUUUCCGCUGCCACGUGCUCCAGCUGCCCUACCGGGGCAACGCCAGCAUGCUGGUGGUCCUCAUGGAGAACAUAGGCGACCACCUGGCCCUCGAAGACUACCUGACCCCAGAGCUGGUGGACACCUGGCUCAGGACCUUGAAAACCAGGAAAAUGGAGGUUUUCUUUCCCAAGUUCAAGUUAGACCAGAAGUACGAGAUGCACCAGCUGCUCAAAGAGCUGGGGAUCAGACAAGUCUUCUCCCACUGGGCUGACCUGAGUGAGGUCUCAGUGACCUCAAGAGAACUCAGAGUCUCCAAGGUCCUACAAAGAACAGUGAUCGAGGUGGACGAAAAGGGAACAGACGCGGUGGCAGGAACCGUGUCAGAAAUCACUGCCUAUUCCAUGCCUCCCAUCAUCAGAGUGAACCGGCCCUUUCACUUCCUCAUCUACGAAGAACCCUCCAGAACGCUGCUGUUUCUGGGCAGAGUGAUGGACCCAACUGUCCUCUGACGAGCUGAGGGCUCGAAGGCUGCAUUGCAGGGAGGCAAGGGACGAUGUGGUGGGGGUACAAGGGUGGCCUCCUGCUGUCCCACCCCCCACUUUGACUAGUUGGUGCCACUCAGUGAAGCCCAAGGAGCUCACUCAGAUCUUAGGAAGGUGGUGGGUGGUACGUGGGCUGCUGUUCAACCCGCAUCUAGGCAUCUUUGUCAUUUAACUGAAGACUAGCCUAGACAAACGUAACUUCCCAUUCCCGUUACCAGUGUGACUGAAGCACACAGUAGAGGAGGACAUUCCAGGAUGAAGACUUGCCCUGGACUGCACACUCUCUACUCCCCACCCGCACAAACUAAGUGACACAGCAGCUCAUCGGCCUGGGCACUGCCAAGGCCCAGGCCCAGGAGGGCAAAGCCUUCUUUUCAGCAGGAGAGAAGGGGUUCUGGGGACUGGGGUAUACCUGUGCCUUCCCCUCACCCAUGUGCUGGGACCUUCCUGGGCUCCCUCCCUCCCUCCCUCUCUCCUUCCCUCCCUUCCUUCCUCCCCUCCUCCCCUCUUCACUCUCUCUCCCUCUCUCCCUCUAUUCUUUCUCACUUUCUCCCUCCCUCCCUCUCUCCUUCCCUCCCUUCCUCCCUCCCCCCUCCCCUCUUCACUCUUUCCCUCUCCCUCCCUCCAUUCUUUCUCACUUUCUCCCUCUCUCUCUCU